CCUGGAUCAGCACUUUCAGAGCUGUGAACUCUCUCCUCACAGUUAAAGCAGAAGCAGCAGCUGAAAGAGAUUCUUUGGGGAGAACCCAGGAACUUCUCAGCAGGUUGAAGGGAAGGAAAGCAGUUCCUCCACUGCCUCCACCCAACCUCAGCUUCCUGACUCAGAGUUUGGGGGUGGGUGGGGUGAACAUUGUCUUCAUAUUUAAAGCAAAAGUAGCAGCUGAAAGAGCUUCAAUGAGGAAAACCCAGGAACUGGUCAGCCAGUUGAACAGAAGUUCUCGGUUCUGAGAGAGAGGGGCUGCCCCUCCCGGCCUGUCCAGACCUGACUGGUGGGGUUUUAGAGACUGGGGCCCGAGAAGGAGCUGGACAGAGGCCACUGUGGCUCGUGGUGGGGAGAAGGCUGUAGUUGCACAGACUUCCACCUGGGCCCCUGCUCUGCCCAGUACCUGUGAGCACCGUGACCUUGGGUGCAGAGGGACACUUCUCAGUCCUUUUCACAGCUGGCCAGUCUUCCCCGGUGUGAAUACACCUUUGUUCAUUUAACCCGUCUUCUACUGUCACCAUUGGUGUCUUGCAGGAACCUGUACCCAGAGCCUCUGGACACCAGCAUGGCCGGCCUUGAGGACAACACUCUGCGCAUCGUUCUGGUGGGAAAAACCGGAAGUGGGAAAAGUGCGACAGGGAACACCAUCCUUGGGAAAAUAGCAUUUGAUUCUGGAAUAUCUUCUGGAUCUGUUACCAAGCACUGUCAGAAAGAAGAGAGAGCCUGGGAGGGGAAGAAGCUUCUUGUUGUGGACACCCCAGGGCUCUUUGACACCAAGGAGAAAUUGAAGACCACCUGUGAGGAAAUAGCUAAAUGUGUCAUCUUCUCCAGCCCCGGGCCUCACGCCAUCAUCCUGGUUGUACAGCUGGGCCGGUUCACGGAGGAGGAGCACAACACAGUUGAACUGAUCAAGGCCAUCUUUGGGAAGUCCGCCAUGAAGCACAUGAUGGUCUUGUUCACGCGCAGAGAUGACCUGAAGGGUCAGGAUCUCAGUUCAUUUAUAGCAAAGUCAGACAAGCGCCUUAAAACUAUCAUCACAGAGUGUCAGUACUACUGCUAUGCCUUCAACAACAGAAGUGAAGACAAGGCUGAGAAGGAAGCUCAAGUGCAGGAGCUGGUGGGGCUGAUCGAGGCAAUGGUUCAGGAGAACAAAGGGAAUCACUUUUCGGAUUCCAUGUACAAGGAUACAGCAGAAAAGCAGAGACGUCUGGAAGAGGCCUUGAAGAAAAUUUCUGCUACUUAUACAGAAAACACAAAACUAGUGGAAAGUAGUUAUGCUAUGAAUGCCAUAACAAAGCAAGAAAUGGAUAAAAAAUUGAAAGUCCUAAGUGAGCAACAUGUUCAACAAAUUGAAAAUGCUAAGAAAGAAGCAGAGGAAAACAUAUUUGCAGCUGUUUUCAAUCAGAUAUGGAGAUUGCUUUCAGAGGUUUGGCACAACUUUUGGAAAUAAUGUGAAGUCAUUUUUAUAUUUUUGUUAAUUUACUAUAAUUUGUCAAUGCGGUAGAUUGUAUUUUCCAAAGAUGGCUACAGCAAUACCCUCCAUCCCAGCUCUGCAUCUUGUAUUCUGCACUUUUGCUCCUUCUGUUGGGUGAUGGAGACUCUGUCCCCACCUUGAAAUUCCAUGGAUGCUGUGACUGCUUUGAUAAAUAGUGGGUGGUCUGACUUCUGAAGUUAGACAGGGACAGUGUCACCUUGCUCUCGGGGGUACGUGCCCUCAGAAGGUUGCCCUUGUGCUGUGAGGAAGCCCAUGUUGUCCUUCGAGAGGCCCCAGGAAGAGGACUGGAAUCCUGGCCCCGACGCCUGACUGCUCUUUCAUCUGCCAGUGAGACCACCUGCCCACCAUGCAAAUGUGGCCACAGGGCAGUGGGCUCUCCAGCUGCCAGCAGAGCCUCCUCAGGGGAAACUGCAGAGAGCAAAGCUGGGCCAUCCCCACCAAGUCCCACCCAGUUUGGAGAUUCUUGAGAAAAAUAAAUGAUAUUGUUUGAAACCA